AUGAGGGGGAUUCUGUGUAGGCAUGUACUUAGAGUUUGCCAGUUGAAAAAGAUUAAUGUGCUGCCAGAUGUAUAUGUGUUGGAUCGUUGGAGAAAGGACUUGAAGAGGACAUACACAUUAGUCAGAAGUAGUUACGAUGACCAGCGGGAUAGAGCAGAUGCACGGAAUUAUGAGCGGGUGCUUAAAAGAUGUUCGAAAUUAGCAACCAAAAUUUCCUCAGAUAAUGAAAAAAUCAGUGCUUUCUUGCGUGUUAUUGAUGAGUUUGAGACAAAAUGUGAAGGUUCCUCUUUACAUGAGUCAGCAUAUGAACAAAUUAAGGCCAAAACAAAUGUCGUCUUGGAUAAGGGUAAGAAGAUAUUAAGCCCCAAUGUGGAUCGAGGGAAAGGGAGACCCCCAAGUAAGAGGAAGGUUCCACCAGUUGAAAAGUUGCCAACAAAGAGAAAGAAACCGACUUGCAAGAAAAUCUUGGUAGAUGAAACACAAUUGGGUGAGACACCGGGAACACAAACCAGCAUUCUUACACAAUCAACUCCAGGGGGAAAUGAGGAGAAGCUGGAAUUUGGGAGUUCGGGGAGUAACUUGACUCUGGGAAAUGGCUCAUUCUAA